UCCGCGGUGCUGACGCCGCCGGCGCCGCGUGUCUGGAGGGGCCGCUGGUCGGGGUGUCCCCGCCCCACACCCGGGAGGCGGAGUGGAGUCUGGGCUGCGGCGUCUCCUCAGCCGGCCCCGCCGGGGCGUCUGUCGGGAGAGGCGCCUCGCCACCCCUGCCCCCGGAGGCCUUUCCCAGGACGGAGAGCGAGAACGGCGCUCAGCUUUGCCCUCAAGCCCGAAGGCCGCGCGGCCUAGCAGACACUUCACAACCCGGCCCCAGAGCUGAGUGAGGAUCCCUUCCUCGCCGAAAACGGCUUUGGCUACGCGCAGCUCGCAGCUCGCGCGCCAAGCUCCAGCUCCCCGGUCAGUUCCCCGGGCUUCACGGGGCCGGCGUCCGCCAAUGACACGUGAGAAGGUGGAGCACCUCUCAGCCCACGUGACUGGCUUCCAGUUGUGGUGUUGGGUCUUGACGAUUCCUGGGUGCUUCGUGCGUUGAGUGGGGAUGCCCAACGCCUACACGGUGACACAGAGGUUGUCAGCUAAACCGGCUGCAAAAGUGGGAACGAAGCCCAAAAAGGCGGCAGGAAAGAAUAAAUCUUCAGACAAAAAAAGGUGCAAACAAAAGGGAAAAGGGGAGCAAAGGGAAAACAGGCUGAAGCGGCUAACCAAGAGACUAAAGAAGGUGUGCCUGCAGAAAAUGGAGAAACUAAAAACGAGGACAGCCCAGCCUCUGUUGGCGCAGGAGAGAGAGAAGCCAGGUCUGAUAAAUGCCCAGCGAGUCGCUGUUGAAACCCAACAGCAAAGUGACCUGCACACCGCAGCCUGCCUUGAAGACACCACUACCGCCCGUCUCCCACAUGCCCAAGGCCCCAGAGACCCAGCAGCAUUUAUCAAUAUUACAAAACUUCAAAAGGCUCAGCUGUGGUCUUUAGUCACCUGCCUGGGCCUCUUCCCGUCUUCUGGCACAAGCGUGACUGAAUGUAAAGAAAAAGGCAGGCUGAGGAGGCAAUCUGGUAUUUCCAGCAAUCCUAUCACCCAGGGGUACGUGUCGAGCACACGGGACGCCAGGACUCAUGGGCGGUUAUUCUGCCGACACGAGGAGCUGCAGUUCAUUCCCAUUAAGGCUCUGUCAACACAAAGACCACCCGACGGGGCUGACCUCGUGCCCCCUGGAAGGUCUCAGGCCUGGGCCAGAGCCGUGUGUCCAGGGGGCCGGGCCCAGGGCAGCGGCGUGCUUGGGGACCGAGGCUCUCUCAGCUGA